AUGUCUACAUCAAGAAAUCUUAUAAAACAAAAACUUGAAGACAUUCUACAAGAAAAGGAAGGAGAAAAAAUUUUGAAACGAACAAUAGUUGUUUUUGAAUUACCUUUUGUUGCCGAAGAAAAACAAAUCAGAGAAUUCUUUGAAAAGGUGAGCGGAGGAAUUGCCUCUAUUGAUGUGAUCAAAGCCAAUGCUUUAGUCUUCAGUUCGGCAGUAAUACAGUUCAAUAAGGAGAAAGGUGCGGAGAAGGCCCUUGAGUUAGCUCGACAUGGAGUUGCUGUGGGCCAAUUUGAUGGAAUUGUAGCUUCGGCUCAAGAUGUUUUGGAAGGAAAGAAACUUUCUAGAACAAAAGAAGAUGUCAAACCAUCAUCAGGAACACCAGGCAAUGGUUGUAAAAACCAAUAA